AUGCCAAAAGUUAAUAAAUCAACAUUAUUAAAUGAAUUUGAGGAUCGUAUUUCUUUUUUUAUUGAUCAAACUACUGUUAAGAAUACAAAACGUUCUACUACCAACUUGUUAAAAAAAUUUAAUGAUCAUUGCAAAGAAUAUGUAUUGGAUAGUAAUAUCAAUGUUAUUUCAGAUCAAAAACAGCUUGACUCAAAUUUGGUACGCUUUUUUUCUUAUGCAAAAUGUGCUGAUAAAGAAGAAUACUCUGUAAAUUCAGUUCUAUCAGCAAUAGUCACUUUUCAAUGUUAUAUUACUAAAAAAUCAACAUUAAAAGAAAUUAAUCUUCAUGAUAAGCAGCAAUUUUCAACUCUUAAUACACUUCUAAAUGGAAAGAUUAAAUGGCUUAGCACUAAAUGCAAAGAUACACCAUGGGGAUUAUUUAAUCGAGUUUUUUUCUUUAAUGCAUUAUUCAUUGCUUUAAGAGAAGGUGAACAUUAUUUUCUUAAAAAGGAUCAUUUUCAAAAACAUCAAGAUGAAGAUAAACAUGUUGGAGAAAAAAGGCUUGGAACAUAUCUUCGUUACAUUAUAAUUGCAUCUGGAAUUGAUAUAUUUAAUCAUAGAAUAACAAAUCAAAAAGGAUGUAAAACAACAAUUCAAUUAUUAAAAUCAUUUGGGGCUAGUGAUUAUGAAUGUAUAGCAAUUACUCGGCAUAAGUCUCAAACAGGUUUUCAACAAUAUGAAAGAUCUAAAAAUAAUAUUCAAAUAAAUAAACUUGGAGAUCUUUCUAGAAUGAUUAUACUGGAUGCAAAUUAUAAUAAUUUACAAGAUCAAGUUAAUCUAUUACUUACUAAAAAAGCAAUACUUACAACAUCUACUGCUACUAUUACGCAAGCAACUAGUGCAACACCAACUUUUCAAACUGCUAAAAAAAUAUUGCAAA